AUGGCCCUGUGGCUGAGAUCCAGUUUCGUGAUGCUGCUCCUGCUGCAGGGGCAACUGCCGUUGCCGGCGAUGGCUGCCGCAGAUGGUCACGACAACGAGCAGGGAAAGUGUCGGGUGGACUACAUGGCAAUGCCAGGACUACCGGGAAACGCCGGGAUCCCAGGAAACCCGGGCAAUUUGGGCCUGGCUGGCCCGCCUGGAAAGGACGGGCGAGAAGGUCACCAGGGCCUUCCUGGCAAGAAUGGCGAGAAAGGAGACAUGGGAGAACAGGGCCUGAAAGGGGACAAAGGGAGCGUGGGAGAGACCGGGUUGGCUGGAAAAUUUGGACCGAUGGGUCCCGCUGGACUGAAGGGGGAUUGUGGACCUCAGGGUGAAAAGGGACACAAAGGAGAUGCCCCACCUGACAUCCCCAUAUCCGCAUUCACCGUGGGUUUGACUGUGCCGAACCCUCCUAGUGGAUCUCCUAUCAGAUUCAGCAAGGUCAUGUACAAUGUGCAGAAUCAUUACGACACGCUCCCCGGCAAGUUCAUUUGUCGUUUCCCGGGCGUCUAUUACUUUGCUUACCAUCUCGCUGGAGGAUCUGGCCCCACCCAGGUCUCCUUGAGACACAAUGGACAAGCAGUCCAGAAUACAUAUUCCUCUACCACCAGCAUUUACAGCAUGUCAGGGGGCUCGGUGCUGCGUUUGAGAAAGGGCGAUGAAGUGUGGUUGCAGACCGAAGGUGCUAACAUCAAGGCUUACACAGACGUUACCACUGACAGCACUUUCUCUGGUUUCCUGAUGUACCCUGACCUGCCUGAGCAGUUACAUUAA